GAGACUUGUUCAUGGGUGGUGGUGUCUUUACUCCUGCACACACUUGAAAACUCUGCCCAGAAAAAAAGGGGGUAAAAAAGCCACCACAUGUUUGUUUGCUGUUUGAAAAGUCAAGAGGAACAGAAAAUCUUGGCUGCUCCUACCAUCUGCAUUAGAAAUACAAUAAUGUAAAAAUAGCCCCAAAUGGCAGAAUGCAAUUACAAGGAGUCACAAGAACACAGAAACAAAACCAGCCUAUGAGCAGAGAAACCAAACUUGCAGUGUAAGGAGUUACAACAGUUUAACUGACUGAAGAAAGGGAUUUAACUAAUUGUUGUAAAUACUUGCACAGAGAACACAGGUCUAAGUGCAUACUAAUGCAGUGACUAGAAACUGAGAACAGACAAACUCAGCCUAAAAGCCAUUUUCCAUGGAAUGAAGGUGGAAUUGCAGGUUCUCCUUCCUCAUAUGUACCCUCAGGUGGCUCCUCAGCUCUUUGCCAGAUCAGAUGCUCUGCACAGACAGCAACAGUUGCAGCUCAAUACUGGUCUGGAGUCUCACAUCAGCUCUCUGGAUUCAGGAGAUCUGUGUGUGUGUGAGGCUGUGCAGUGGGUGAAGGACAACAGCCUUCCUUUCUUGGAAAACAGUAAGGCCUCGUCCGAGUGUGCUUCUAAAGAAGUCAGGGUUAAGGAAACGCUGCAUCGCAUGUGGAUCUACAGCCAUCACAUCUACAGGCAAGAACUGAGGAAAAAGAUUUUUGACUGUGCAAAGAAGUUAAAUCUGACUGGCUUCUGCCUAACUGGUAAACCUGGCAUCAUCUGUGUGGAGGGACUCCGAGAAAACUGUGAAGAGUUCUGGCGUGUUAUUAGAUAUCCCAACUGGAAGCAUAUUUCAUGCAAGCAUGUGGAGAAUAUAGAAACAGAGGGAAGCAUUGAUAAUCUUCGUCUCUUUCACAGUUUUGAAGACCUACAGUUUCAGGCACAUGGUGAUUAUGGCCUGAGGAAUGACUAUCACAUGGAUCUUGGCCAGUUUCUAGAAUUCCUGAAACAGCAUCAAAGUGGACACAUUUUUCAGAUUUUAUUUGGUGUUGAAGGAAAACUUUCAGACAAUUAGAGAAACUAAGGAGUUCUAAUUCUGGAGAGCAAGAAAUAUUUUGCCUUACAGCUACUGUGAAAAGGGAAGCUUUAACAUCUGAGAUGAAUGGUUCAAGUAGUUAAUCUCAGCUUUUGUGCUGAACUGACACAUAUUUCUGAGACGUGUUGACUGAUUUUCUAAGACUAAAACUGAUAUUUGUCUCUGUGAGCCAUGCCUCAAAGCACUUGCAAGGUAAUAAACAUUCCACAUUGUGUUAGGAAUUAUAUACUUCUGA